AUGCUAGUUCGCAAAGCGAUACGGGAUAACAUUUGUAGCAAUCAAGCAGUUGAUAGAAUAAAAGGGGUGAAUAGAAACGGAACAGCAGUGAAAGUAAUUUUUGACGAUGGAUAUGAUUUAACAUUCGAAAGUUGCUGGUUGAGGGAUCACUGCAGGUGCCACGUUUGUUACGAUACAAGAACAAAUCUACGGACUGCCCACAUUUUGGAUAUUCCUGAAGUUGAUAUUGUUGAAGCCGUGUGCAAAGAUAGAAAACUUAUCAUAAAAUGGUCAGACAGCCACGUAUCGAGUUACAAUGGAGACUUCUUAUCAGAAUUCAAUUACGACACGUGGAGCAAGAGUCGGAGAAGUGCACCGAAACUCUGGCGGGGCGAUGAUAUCCUAAACAAAGUCGCUAAGGUCCCUGUCAAGAAAUUUCUUAACACUACUGAUGGAGCCUCUGCUGUAUUCCAGUCUAUACUGGAUUAUGGAGUGGCUUUCAUAGAAGAUGUCGAACCAAGUCUAGCAGCUACGGAAGUAGUUUGCAAAGCAUUAGGAGGUGUUCAGCAUACAUUAUUUGGUGGUAUGUGGGAGAUUAGCCCAGAACCAGGAAACAAUGAUACCGCUUACAUGAGCGUGGGUUUACCUCAGCACACAGAUCUUUCAUCCUUCACUGAGCCAGCGGGGCUUCAAGUAUUCCACUGUAUACGACACGAUGGCUCUGGUGGAGAGAGCGUUAUCUCAGAUGGAUUUUAUGCAGCAAUGAAAUUGAAGGAAGAAAAUCCUAAAGAUUUCGCUUUUCUGACUACAUUUAAGGCUGAGGCGGAUUACCAGUUCGAUGGUCAUUAUUUUAGACACGCUGCACCGAUGAUUGAACUGGAUCAAUAUAAUGAUGUUCGUCUAGUAAGAUUUAAUACGCAUGACCGUUCCUCUAUGGCAUUUGAAAGUGGCGAGCAGUGCAAAAACUAUUACCGGGCAAUCAGGAAUUUCGCUAAGCAUAUUGAAAAUAAAGAAAAUCUGUGGACAUUUAAAUUAAAACCAGGACUCAUCAUGGUCUUUGAUAACUUCAGGGCUUUUCACGGAAGAACUCAGUUUACAGGAAUGAGAGUUAUAGUUGGAAGCUACGUAUCACGUACUGAUUGGCUCGACAAAGCUCGAAGCUUCAAGCUUAUUCAGUAG